AUGGUCCAUAUUGCCAUCGCUGGCGGCUCCGGACAAGUUGCACGAGAGGUCAUUGAUGCGCUGUUGAUGACGAAAAAACAUGAGAUUACGAUUCUGAGUCGACAUAAACAGGUUCCAAUAACCGAUACUCGAAUCCAAUUACAGACCGUCAAUUACAAAGAGACUAUCUCUUUGGUUCAAUCUUUACAAGGAGUUCAUACAGUCCUGUCCUUUAUUCAAGUACUGUCGGAUUCUGGUCAAGAGGCUCAAAAGAAUCUAAUUGAUGCUGCUAUCUCUGCCGGUGUAAAACGUUUUGCCCCUAGUGAGUUCGGAAGCAAGGAGACCAUUCACAUGCCUUGGUGGGCCGGCAAGGAAAAAGUGAGAUCAUAUCUUAAAGAAGUGAGCAAGCAUGCCAAUGACUUCGAAUAUACCCUAUUUCAGCCUGGAUUGUUUUUAGAAUAUCUCGCAUAUCCGUUCAAGACAAGCAAGUAUCUAGAGCCGUUGCAGACAAUUUUUGAUUUUCAGAAUAAUAGAGCUAUAUUGGUUGAUGGGCAUGAACACGCCAUAAUGACGCUUACCGCGGUUGCUGAUUUCGCGAGUAUCAUCGCUCGUGCUGUAGAAGAUGAGCGCAAGUGGCCUAUCAUUAGCGGUAUUCAGUCCAACAAACUCUCAUUUUCGCGAGUUGUUGAAAUUGGAAGUCAGAUUCGGGGACAACCUCUUGAUAUUGAGAAAGUCAGGAUUGAAGAUCUUGAGGCUGGAAAUUUAGAAACCUUGUGGCGUCUAGAAGGAGUUCAUCGAUCAGUGGAUACAUCCACGGCUUAUGAGAUGCGCAAGAAAAUUGCUAUCGGCAUCCUCCUGAGUAGUUCAAAGGGUGCGUGGGACAUCUCGGACGAAAUGAACCAGCGGUAUCCUGACCAUCGAUUCAUUUCUCUUCAAUGCUUCCUGGAACGUGUUUGGGGUUCUAGCAACAUAUCAAAUGUAUGAAUCGAUGGAGGUAGAAAAGGCUUCAUCACGGUUUUCGUAAGCCUUGAUUUUCCAUUCCUUAGAAAAUUUCCAUAGACGAAAAGCAUGAAAUUCAU